UUAAAGAUCCCUGCCCUUCGGGGCCUGGCGGGGGCAGCAGCUUUGCAGCUUGGUGGCUGCUCCCCUGAGGGCAGGCGGGAUAGCUCUGCUGCAGUUCGGUCCCGGAGUCGAGAGGAAGGUCUGGGAGCCUGUGGAGCCAAAGGAAGAUCGCGGGAGGCGUGUUCCUCCGGAGUUUGCUUUUCCUUAGGAGCCUCGCGCGCACACCCAUCCCCUCUAGUCUGGCAACUGUGUCUAGGAGGUGGGGAGCCUCUCUCCGAUCCACUGGACAAUCGCUGGAGCUUGGAAGCUGGGCGAGAUCUCCCCUAGAGAAGACCGGCGAUCCGGGGAAGUUUCCCCUAGCCUAGACUGCGCUGCAGCCCCGGUCACCCGCCACCCGGCGCGCCGCCCGCCCGGUCCGUGUUCUCCAGCUCAGGCUCCGUGUCUGGCCCGGGCGCAGACCUGGCGCCGUUUGCGUCCGAGGAGUUCUAAGGUGAAAAAAAGAGAGGCGUGAGACCACCAUAAUGAGGCAGAUGUCUCUUCAACUCCACAUGAGGAAGGAUGUCUUUUGCCUUGCGGCGUCCUUUUGGCUGGCCCUGCUGGGAGGCGUAAUCGCUGACAAUCCUGAGAGAUACAGCACUAAUCUGAGCAGCCUCACGGAAGACUUCACCCCUUUUCCGGGGACAGAGUUCAACUUUCUGGGCACUACCCAUCGACCUCCUAAUUUGGCCCUGCCUAGUAAUGGCUCAAUGCACGGCUAUUGCCCAGAGCAGACUAAAAUCACGACAGCUUUCAAAUAUAUCAACACUGUGAUAUCCUGUACCAUUUUCAUCGUGGGAAUGGUGGGGAAUGCGACUCUACUAAGAAUCAUUUACCAAAACAAGUGUAUGAGGAAUGGCCCCAAUGCACUCAUAGCCAGCCUGGCCCUUGGAGACCUUAUCUACGUGGUCAUUGAUCUCCCCAUCAACGUGUUUAAGCUGUUGGCGGGGCGCUGGCCUUUUGACCACAAUGAUUUUGGAGUGUUUCUCUGCAAGCUGUUCCCCUUUUUGCAGAAGUCCUCCGUGGGCAUCACCGUCUUGAAUCUCUGCGCUCUCAGUGUGGACAGGUACAGAGCAGUGGCUUCCUGGAGCCGAGUUCAAGGAAUCGGGAUCCCCUUGAUAACCGCCAUCGAGAUCGUCUCCAUCUGGAUUCUUUCCUUCAUCCUGGCCAUCCCAGAAGCAAUCGGCUUCGUCAUGGUGCCCUUCGAGUACAAGGGCGAGCUGCAUAGGACCUGUAUGCUCAACGCCACGUCCAAGUUCAUGGAGUUUUACCAAGACGUGAAGGACUGGUGGCUCUUUGGGUUCUACUUCUGCAUGCCCUUGGUGUGCACAGCAAUCUUCUACACCCUCAUGACCUGUGAGAUGCUCAACAGGAGGAAUGGCAGCCUGCGGAUUGCCCUCAGCGAACACCUCAAGCAGCGUCGAGAAGUUGCGAAGACCGUGUUCUGCUUGGUUGUCAUCUUCGCCCUAUGCUGGUUCCCUCUUCACUUAAGCCGCAUUUUGAAGAAAACCGUGUAUGAUGAGAUGGAUAAGAACCGGUGUGAACUGCUCAGCUUCUUACUGCUCAUGGAUUACAUCGGCAUUAACCUGGCAACCAUGAAUUCUUGCAUAAACCCAAUAGCUCUAUAUUUUGUGAGCAAGAAAUUCAAAAAUUGUUUUCAGUCAUGCCUCUGUUGCUGUUGUCACCAGUCCAAAAGCCUCAUGACCUCGGUCCCCAUGAAUGGAACAAGUAUCCAGUGGAAGAACCAGGAGCAGAACAACCACAACACGGAACGGAGCAGCCACAAGGACAGCAUGAACUAACCCUCCGUCAACACCGUGCAGUGUGCCUUCCAGUCCUUGGACGGAAACGGUCACACAGCAGCUGCGCUCCCAAAACCUCCCAAGCGUCUCCCCUGCUCCUUUUCAACGUCCAGCCUAAGAAAAGCUCUCCUGCCCUCCCAACAGCACGUGGUGGACUGGUCCCCGACACAACCAAUGGGUCUUUCCUGAGUUCUGUGUAUGAUUUGCAUACUACGAUUGUCAUCUCCAACGCUUGAAAACUAGGAGAGCUGAGGGAGAAAGGAGAUGGUUCGAGGAAGCCACAUAUCUACCACCUUUGCAUGAACAGAGUUUCCAAGUUCAUGACCAGCUUCCGUGCAGUUCUGUAGAACUGUUCCUCCUAAGAUUCCAGAGCAGUGCUUCCCAACCUUCCCAAUGCUGCAACAUUUUAUACAGUUCCACAUUUUCCAGUGACCCCCAACCAUAAAAUUAUUUUUGUUGUUACUUCAUAACUAUCAUUUUGCUACUGUUGUGAACUGUUAUAGUUAUCUGAUAUUUCUGAUAGUCUUAGUCUGCCCCUGUGAAAGGGUCAUUGGCAACCCACAAGGUAAGAACCACCACCACGCCCUAGAAAUCAUGUUGAGUUUGAUGGCCCAUGCUUAUAAUCCUAGAAUGGGAGAGGUGCAGAAAGAUGACCAGGUGUUCAAAGUUAGCUUCAUCUACACAGUUCAGAAAAGCUGGGGCUACAUAAUCUCACAAAACACAAACAGACAAAAAGUAUUUAAAAGUUAUGACAAGAUUCGUUAUUAUUAUUAUUUUAUAACCAAACACAUUGUGAGGUUAAAAUACUCUUAGAAAUGUCACUCAGUGUUAGUCUUUUGUGACUGUGUGGUAGUCUAGAAAUGAUCGUUUCAUCUUCUUUACAUGUAUUUUGAAAAAGAAGAGGAAGAAGAGAGGAAGAGGAGGAGGUAGGGAGAGCAUCUGAUGAGGAUUUUGGUUAUGUUUCUACAGUACUGUUUUGUUUGGAAAACAUGAUUUCCAAAGCUGACACAGACACAGACCCAUUACCUCCACAGCCGCUUAACAGUUGCCAGCCAAAGAAUUUUUAAGAACCUGUAUUUUCUUUUUAUGUUGUUGUUUGGUUGGAUUUGGAUUUGUUUUUCAAGACAGGGUUUCUCUGUGUAGCCCUGGCUGUCCUGAAACUUGUUUUGUAAAUCAGGCUGGCCUUGAACUCACAGAGAUCCUCCGGCUUCUGCCUCCCAAGUGCUGGGUUUAAGGACAUGUGCCAUGACAUCUGGCUUGAGCAUAUUUUUAUGUUAAAUUAAAAAUAACAAUAGUUGGGAGCUGGGCAAGAUGGCACAUGCUCCGUGCUUCCCACUCAACAAUGGAGCUGAGCAGGGGUGGGAGCAGGAGUGGGGAGAGGUACCUGCACUCAGUCGAGGGACUCGCCUCCAGGUAACAAUAACUCACAUAAAACUUGGAUCAAAUGGUUCUAUUUUUCAUAAGCCCGGUCUUUUUUGAUGUAUUUUUUAAUGUGAAACCAUGUCCCGCAGUUUAAAUGUGUCACUGCAGCAUGGCUGAGACUUCCAGCCCCAUGUCUGAAACGUGCCUAGGAAAAAUCUGCUGGGGGGCCUUGGAGGGGCCUGGACGUUUUCUACAAGUUUCCCAACAGUCGCACAUAUAGAUUGCAUGUCUCCUUUGACAGUGAUGACUGGCUGCCAGGUUUCCUGCUCAUUCCUUUUUCUAGACAGGAAACAAUUUCAAAGUGGCCAAAUGAGCUGAUUGUGUCAAGUAAGAUGUACUUACACCUGCCGUGAACCUUUAACUCUUUGCUCCUUUCUGAUUGUUAGACAAACUUAAAUUUUCAUCCUGUCCCAACUCCUCGGUGGUCACUAUUUCAAAGGGCCCAUGGUGACUCUGCUGGGCAUUUUCCCAGAUGUUUACAGACUGUGAGAAUGACAAAUGUCUUUUAUUUUAUGUGUAUAUAAAUAUAUAAAUAAUUGUACAUUUUGUUUAGCCAAA